AGUUUACAUUCAACCAGAAGAUUUUAAUGGAUAAUCAAAUUUUGAAGUGGAGAACUUAUUUCUAGGUAGUUGGUAGAGCUGGUCCAAUUUUUUAGUUCGUUGCUACAUUCGCUGCGGAAGGAUAUCGAGUGGUUGAGGGAGACGCAACAGAAGAGCAGCCAUUUUCGAAAGUCGUCGCCGUAGAAAGCGACGAGACCAAGUGCAGCAAGCGACAAGAGUGUCGUGACCGUAGAACUUGGGGCGACUCUUCCGUGGCCCCAACACCUUCAGUAGUGAUCAGUUUCAGUGUCAACCCUUUUCCAAGAAUUCAGAUCCGAAGACCGACACCGUUCGCGUCGAUUUCUUUCUCCGCUGACGUGAUCUAAACAUGGCUUUCUAAGAUGUCUUCGCAACUGUUAUCGUUCGUCGCUCCUAAAGGAGACUCCAACGUUUUGUCGUCCGUGACUCAGACUGGACGAGAUGGAAAGGAAACCGAGAAACCUGGCAGGCAGCUCCACAAAGCCCUUCGGGACUGACAAGAAAUCCUCACAAGAUGUAUCUUCUAAGCUGUGGCCACGUGGGGGACGUCGCAGGGAACCACAAGCCGGCAGUUAUGCCAAGUCAGAGCAGCCUCGGAAACCCGCACCGCAGCGAUCCAAAAUUCUCGUCGACAAGAGGCCGAGGCCUAGGGGGGAGCAACAGCAGCCCAAUUAUGGUGGAAAGGAGGCAACCCGGUUAACCGGCGAUUACCUCUAUCAGGAUGAGCCUGAAUUGGGAUCAGUUUUCAUUGCAGGAAGCAAAAAGCAGAGCCUCAACCACCUGCUGAACUUCCACUAUGCCCCUAGGGAGUUGCAGCAACAACAACAGCAGCAGCAAAGAGGUGGCCAUAAGGGUCAUCAGCAUAAGCUGCUUACAACUGGCAAACACAAAUACAACAAGGAACAUUUCAUCCAAGCCAAUUGUCAAUUCAUUGUCAAUACAUCAGGGGAUUAUAAGCAGUACAUGAACAAUCCUGAUGCACUUGUUGAUUGGACCUUAAUUGAGCAAAUUAAUAUCCAAGUUCACGAGUUGCCUACUUGUCCCAUAUGUCUGUAUCCGCCAGCGGCAGCCAAGAUGACCCGUUGCGGUCAUAUCUACUGCUGGUCAUGCAUGCUCCACUAUCUGGCACUUUCAGAAAAGACCUGGAGCAAGUGCCCCAUAUGUCAUGAGGCAAUCCACAAGAAGGAUUUGAAAAGCGUCGUUCCCAUAUAUCAUUCGUCGUUUGGAGUUAAUCAGAGCAUAACGUUCAAACUGAUGAAACGAGCCAGAGGUUCAUUGGUCGCCUACCCGUUCGAGCAGGAAAUCACCGGCUUCGAGGGGAUCUUCAGCGUGUCCGAUCCGCAAGCAAAAGACGUUAACACUAAACUGUUAUUGGCCGACAGGACCUACAUCAAGGAGAUCAUCGACCGAGAGAAACGACAUUUGGAGGGGCAACUUGCGCCAGAUAAUCCAGAAAAUUGCUUCAUCGAGGAGGCUAUGCAGUUACUCCUGGAGCGCGAAACGCUUGUGUCAAGUAUAGAGGAAACGGUGGAGAAGGAGGACAAAGUAAAGUCCACCGAGGACGAUAAAGUUCUAGACUGUGGAUACGAAGGCGCAGAACAACAGCCAGUCAAGCAUUUCUACUUUUACCAAGCUCAAGAUGGUCAGCACAUCUAUUUGCAUGCUAUCAACGUAAGGAUGCUAGAACAUACCUAUGGCACUCUGAAAGAUGCACCGAAGGUGUUGACCGGGAGGAUUAUCGAGAAGGAGGGUGGUUCCAUGACGGAGGAGUUGAGGAAUCGUUUAAGAUACCUGCAGCAUAUGCCAGUAACCUGCCAAUUUGAGGUGGCAGAGAUCAGCCUGAAUCCUUCAAUCAUCUGCAAAGAUACAAUUGAUUUCUUCAAAGAUCAACUAGAAUCUAGAAGAAAGAAACGCCAAAGAAGGAUGCGCGACGAGAAGAAGCGUGAGAAGCGCAUAGCUGAAGAAGAAAAUCGUCAAAUGGGAAAAUUCCCAGCAGCCAAUAUAGAAUUGGAAUCGCAUCUUCAAUUUCCCGAAUUUGGAGCGGAGGGCGUCAUUGCAAAGGAGCGCACCGUAUCCGAAUCGAGCAACGUCUCCGACCGGACUUGCGAUACUGCGUUAUCUGUGGCCGGAAGUGAAAGCAGCUACUCAGGUCCAUCUUUCGCCAAGAUGUUGUCCAAAGCUUCAACAUCAGCUCCCGCGAGAGCCCAUAAUGCCGUGCCCUCGAUUCGUCUUAUCAAUGUAACGGGGGCACAAGCACCGGUUCCAAGGAGAAGGACCCAAAGCGACAGCGAGCCCGAAAGUGAGGACUACGCUCCAGCACCAGAGUUUAACAGGAGCUUCGGCGAUGCCAUCGCUCUAGCUUUGCAACAAUCAACAAUUGCAGAUGUUAAUCCAAAUACCGAUAAUGGAAAAUCCGGCAAGAAGAAGAAGAGGAACAAACAAAAGAUUUUAUUUGCAACUUCCAUGGCGUAUUCCGGCAAUUAACCGUUUCGUUUAUUUUUAUUAUUAUUUUUUAGUGAAUUAAGUUUGUCACUAAUUACUACUUUCGAUUAAAAAAAAACUGUCAGAUCAAUUAGAAUUUUAGUUUAGCAGCUGCAGAACAAUUUUAAGAAAGAAAACAUGUAUUUAGCACAUUAACAUUGGAUGAGGGUGGUAAUAAUCAGCGACGAAUAAAAUAAUUUGUUUAUUUA